AUGGAUUAUCACGCGAUCCACGGUCAUGACAUCUCCAGCUUUGACUUGCCGUCGACACAUCGUCUCCCUACCGUGUCGGCCGCACAGGCACUGCAGGAUCUGGAAGGCAGUGACAGCUACCUCAUCUCGACUGGACUGGCGGCCCUCGACGCAUCGCUCAUGUCCGGGCUGGGUGGCUCUGACCGCGGCGGAAUCCAGAAGGGGCAUGUGACAGAGAUCUGGGGACCGCCAGGCGCCGGAAAGACCGCGUUUGGCAUCCAGCUUGCCGCCAACUGUCUCGACGAACGCCAUGGUGUCAUGUGGGUAGAUGGAUUCCAUCGCAUGCCCAUAGAGCGACUGCGUGCGGUUGCCGGCAAGGGAUCGGCAAAAGGCAGUGAUGCGAGCCAUGGUCACUUAGAUGGCUUCACCCACUACAGGUGUCCCAGCCUUCCACACCUGAUUGCGCUGCUGUGUAGGCCCACUGCAUCCUGCGUCCCGCAGGGGACAUUGCUCGUAGUGAUCGACUCGCUCUCGGCUCUGGUCAACCAUGCCUUCCCAAAGCAUACGGAGACACGAGGGGGCGCGGAUGUCAAGGGCAGCAAAGGCCCUUCUGCAUCGGUGAGAAGGUUCCAGCUCAUUCAGUACAUUGUCACCAGCCUCCAGAAGCUCGCGGCCACCCGGGACCUGGCCGUUGUGAUUCUCACGCAGUGUGCCACCAAGAUGCAGGCAGAACGCGGUGCCACCCUGAUCCCGGCCGUCAAUGCCAGCGUCUGGGAACAGGGUAUGUCGACCAGACUUGUCUUGUUCCGUGACUGGCUCCAGGACGGCCAUGAGGUGCGUGGAGUUCACUUUGUGGGAAUCCAGAAGUUGAACGGAAAGGGGACGGCUGCCUUGAUCGACAAUCUCUGCGCCUUCACGGUAGAAGAGACCGGUCUGGUUUCGGUGGACUACGACAAUACCCAGCCGUCCAGGACGCUCAUAUCUACCCCUACGCAAAAGCGGAAACUUGGGGACACCGACUUCGAGGUUGCCGACAGUGACGAUGAGGACUACGGUUGGGAUGACGACGAGGAGUUGCCGCCCAUGCCGUCUCAGUGGCAGGGAAGCGAGGAUCUCUUGCUCGUACGACAGCCCGAGACUGAUGAGGAGCAUCAAGACGAUGAGGGGUCGCUCGAUCUCGGUGAAGAAGCGGAUCCAGGGGUAGAUGGAGAUGCGGAGUCAACCGGUGAAGUCGAAGGGCCAGACCACGGACCAGAUCCCUGA